CAUACGCCGGCCGAAAUCAGAGACCAGAGUCAGCGGCUCAGCGCCCGUCUCGUCCGCGGCAGCUGGCAGGCGGAGCUGCCAGGACCACCGGCCGCUGGCGCCGAGUCCGUCGCCGACAUGCGACAUGGCCGAGCUCGUCUGCAGCUUUGAACGUUCAGCGGCAGUGUUUGCCAAAAUGAAGGGGACGUGAUCUGCAAACUUGCCCUUCAGGUCUAAUCCGCUGGCUGCAGAUGUUAUGCAAUCCAGAACGCCGGUGUUAACUGUUCCUUUCAAUGGCCUUAUCCUCGAGGUCGAGGUUGACCAGGUCCUUGCGAUCCUCCCUCAAGUUUUAAGCUGCCCUGGCGCGCGCAGCAACGCAGCAAACUGCCACCACCACGAUCUGAACCCAUGGCCGCGUCCUGCGUUCACCUCGCCCUCCUCCUCUGUUUGAUGAUCCCAGCCACCGUCGCCUCACCUCGGCGCUUGCGCGAAUCCCCGGCCGACGCGUCGCGGCCGACCACCUUCUUCGAGGUGGACCGCCCGCUCCGCCCGCCGUCGGGCAGCUCCGGCCCGUGCUCCACGCUCCUGCUCUCGAGCUCCUUCGGGUCCACCUUCGCCAAGCCGCCCGCCACCGCCGCGUACUCCCCGCCGCGCUGCCUCGUCGCGGUGGGCGGGCGCGCCUCGGCGAUCUCCCUCGCCGUUCUCGAGUGGCGCGCCGCCUGCCGGGGAGCCCAGCUCGACAGGAUCUUCGGCGUCUGGCUCGGCGGCGCCGAGCUCCUCCGCGGCAGCACCGCCGCGCCGCCGCCGGACGGCAUCGCCUGGUCCGUCUCCAAGGACGUGACCAAGUACGCGUCCCUCCUCGCCGCCGGCAGGUCCACGCUCGCCGUCUACCUCGGCAACCUCGUCAACAGCACGCUCACCGGUGUGUACCGUGCCAACGUGACGCUCCACCUCUACCUCUGCCGCGCGCCGGCGGCGACGAGGCCGCUCCCCGCCACGGCUCCCGCCGACAUCGUCGUCCCGGUGUCGAGAGCCCUGCCUUCGAACGGCGGCGGGCUGUGGCACCAGAUCCGGAGCGCCGACGACGUGCAGUCCACGAGCGUCGCGCUGCCGUCCAACACCUACCGCGCGGUUCUCGAGCUCUACGUCUCGUCCCACGGGGACGACGAGUCGUGGUACACGAACCAGCCCGGGUACCGCAACGGCCCGUUCCGCGAGGUCACCGUCCGCGUCGACGGCGUCCUCGCCGGCGUGGCGUGGCCGUUCCCCGUCAUCUACCCCGGCGGCAUCUACCCCCUCCUCUGGCGGCCCAUCGCCCCCAUCGGCUCGUUCAACCUCCCGACGUACGACGUCGAGCUGACGCCGCUGCUGGGUAAGCUGCUGGACGGCAAGGCGCACGAGCUCGGGUUCGCGGUGACCAACGCCCUGGACGCGUGGUACGUCGGCGCCAACCUCCACCUCUGGCUGGACCCCGGCAGCACGGCGACGACGGCAGGCCUCACGAGCUACGUCGCGCCGGCGGCGAACGCGACGUCCUCGCAGUCCGGCGACCCUGUGGACACCCACCACCACGCGACGGCCAGCCGGCUCUUCUCCGCCGCCGGGUGGGUGGCGUCGUCGUACGGGAACAUCACGACCAACGCCACGCAGACGUUCGGCCUCGAGUACACGCUCACCUUCGAGACGCUGGACCGGACCACCGUCGCGCGCGCCGGCGUCUCCGCCGCGGACCACGCCGGCGAUGUCCUGUACUCGGUGCAGGCGCGCCGGAGCUCCCCGCUCGGAUGGCUGUACGAGCAGGGUCGGCUGACCGUCACGCACGGGCUGGACGAGACGACGGUGGCCGCCGGCGGGUGGUGGACGGGGCCCGGGUACCGGUCGCUGCGCACCACGCAGAGCAGCGUCGUGGAGGACGAGGAGGGGGGCGGGAAGUCGUGGGGCGUCCGGCAGGUGUACAGGUACGAGGCCACCGGCGGGUGCUACUUCAGGAACGUGACCAGCAGCGGUUACGGCAUCGUGUCGGACCACUCCAAUGAGGUCUGCGUGAAGGGGACUUCUUCCGGAGGCGGCGCUGUCAGUGUCAGUGCAGCCGGCGCUGCCAGCUGAUGUUAUGGGCCCAAUUUGUUUGGGCUGGCAUUAGCCCAUUAUGAAGAAUCCGAAACAUGUCAAACUAUCUUCUAGUUCCAACUUUUUUCCUCUC